AAGGAUCAGAUAAGACAAGAUGAUUAUCCACUAAUCACGCCAUACAACAUUGCAACAACCAUAAUCUGUUAUUGUCCAAAUCUCCAACAUGUUCCUUUGUCCAUUAGUUCUUGUCUGAUUGCUCUCUCCAGACGAACGAAGAAACAUGAGCCGGCUCCGAGCAUUUUCUUCGCCGGAUUUAGUUCCUUCUGAUUCUGGAUCUGUUACCUCCCCAACAAGAACCACAGAGCAUCAAUCUCAUGAAACUUCUGGUUUAGAAGGCAUCUCUACGAAUGUUAAGCUACUUCUCAAACUCGUUCAAGACCACAACGAAGCGAACACAAAGCAACGCGAUGAAUGGAAGGCACAGAGAGUCAACACAAUGAUGGCGAUUCUCGACGAUUUAAAGACACGGAUCCUGAAAGCUCAGCAACAAUCAUCAUCCUCAGGGAAAAAAGAGCUCAGAAGAUGCAACACAGAACUGAAACCUAGGCAAGAUCUCAACAGGAGUCCCACAAAGCCGCCUCUGAACGACCCCGACGAUGUUCAGAAGCUGAGAAAAGAGCUAAGCGCGAGCAUGGCUGCAAGAAAGAGUCUUCAGAUGAUGUGUUCCAGUUUAGGCAAGGAGAAAGAGAUAAUGGCUAUCGAGCUUUCGAGGAAAGCUUACGAGUUGACCGAGAUGGAGGAGCUUAUAAGCGACCUCAAGGCUCAGAACGAGAAGCUACUCAAGAAAGUGCAGAACUGCGCGGUGGAGCACAAGAAAGAAGAUGGUGAUGGAAAAGGAGGAGGAGGAGACAAAGACAUGCCUCUUCAGGGAAGAAACAAAGAGUUGUCUGAACAGCUUCUCAAGUCUAUUGAUGGAUACAGAUCUCUUAAAAGGAGAUACAAAGAAGUUCAAGAGGAAAAUGGAAUCAUGAGACAGGUUCUUAAGGAUUCAGCAGAAGAAGUGAAUGUUGGGGCUCAGAGACUAAUGGAACUGAAUGAGAAGGUCACAAGAGAAGAUGAAGUGGACCUUGAGAAGGAGAUUUCAGAACUAGAGAAGUUGUUUCAAGAGAUUGGGCUUAAAAUUUCUAACCAUUCCCAAAUAAAGUAAAUAAACAGAGAUUUUUUUAUAUCUGUAUCAAUAUUCAGAUUUAACAAGAAUCAUGAAACUAGUCUCUCCAUUUCAUAAGUUUAUUGGAAGUCUUAAUCCGUCA